AUGUUCUGUACAAAGCUGAAGGAUCUCAAGAUCACAGGAGAGUGUCCUUUCUCCUUACUGGCCCCAGGGCAGGUUCCUAAAGAGCCAGCAGCUGAGGAGGUGGCGGGGAGCACAGAGAGCUGCCCAGCCACCCUGCCAGGAGUGGACGUCUGUCAGGACACCCCCGAGAAGAAAGUGCAAGGAAGUCACCCUCAAAGAAAGACCAGUCGGAGCCGAGUCUACCUUCACACUUUGGCAGAGAGCAUUUGCAAGCUGAUUUUCCCCGAGUUUGAGCGGCUGAACUUUGCACUUCAGAGGACACUGGCAAAACACAAAAUCAAAGAAAGCAGAAAAACUGUGGAAAGAGAAGACUUUGAAAAAAUAAUUGCAGAUGAAGCACUUGCCGCAGGAGUUCCAGAGGAGAGCAUCAAAGCAUCUCUGGGUGAAGAGAUUUUUAAAAUAUGUUAUGAGGAAGAUGAACACAUCCUGGGUGUGGUGGGAGGAACCCUCAAGGAUUUUUUAAAUAGCUUCAGCACCCUUCUGAAGCAGAGCAGCCACUGCCAAGAAGCAGAGAAGAAAGGCAGGCGGGAGGCUGCCUCCAUUCUCUGUCUGGAUAAGGACCACGAUGUCUUAAACGUUUACUAUUUCUUUCCUAAGAAGAUCACAUCCCUGAUUCUUCCGGGCAUCAUUAAGGCAGCUGCUCACAUCCUGUAUGAAACCGAAGUGGAAGUGUCAUUAAUGCCUUCCUGCUUCCAUAACGAUGGCAGCGAGUUUGUCAAUCAGCCCUAUUUGUUAUACUCCGUUCACGUUACAAGCACCAAGCCAUCCCUGUCCCCAGGCAAGCCACAGUCCUCGUUGGUCAUUCCUGCUUCUCUCUUCUGUAAGACAUUCCCGUUCCAUUUCAUGUUUGACAAAGACAUGACAAUUCUGCAAUUUGGCAAUGGCAUCAGGAGGCUGAUGAACAGGCGAGACUUUCAAGGAAAGCCAAAUUUUGAAGAGUACUUUGAUAUUCUCUCUCCAAAAGUCAACCAGACGUUUAGUGGAAUCCUGACUAUGUUGAAUUUGCAAUUUGUGGUCCGAGUGAGGAGAUGGGACAACUCUGUGAAUAAAUCUUCAAGGGUUAUGGACCUCAAAGGCCAAAUGAUCUACAUCAUUGAAUCCAAUGCGAUCUUGUUCUUGGGGUCGCCCUGUGUGGACAGGUUAGAAGAUUUUACAGGGCGAGGGCUCUACCUCUCAGACAUCCCGAUUCACAAUGCGCUGAGGGAUGUGGUCUUGAUAGGGGAGCAGGCCAGAGCUCAGGAUGGCCUGAAGAAGAGGCUGGGGAAGCUGAAGGCCACGCUGGAGCAAGCCCACCUAGCCCUGGAGGAGGAGAAGAAGAAGACAGUCGAUCUCCUGUGCUCUAUAUUUCCUUCCGAGGUGGCGCAGCAGCUGUGGCAAGGGCAGGUCGUGCAAGCCAAGAAGUUCAGUAACGUCACCAUGCUCUUCUCGGACAUUGUUGGGUUCACGGCCAUCUGCUCCCAGUGCUCGCCGCUGCAGGUCAUCACCAUGCUCAACGCACUCUACACCCGGUUUGACCAGCAGUGCGGAGAGUUGGAUGUCUACAAGGUGGAGACCAUUGGUGAUGCAUAUUGUGUGGCUGGGGGAUUACACAAAGAAAGUGAUACCCAUGCUGUUCAGAUAGCACUGAUGGCCCUCAAGAUGAUGGAGCUCUCUGAUGAAGUCAUGUCUCCCCAUGGAGAACCUAUCAAGAUGCGAAUUGGACUGCAUUCUGGGUCGGUUUUUGCUGGAGUUGUUGGAGUUAAGAUGCCUCGUUACUGUCUUUUUGGAAACAAUGUCACCUUGGCUAACAAAUUUGAGUCCUGCAGUGUACCACGGAAAAUCAAUGUCAGCCCAACCACAUACAGAUUACUCAAGGACUGUCCAGGUUUUGUGUUUACCCCUCGAUCAAGGGAGGAACUUCCACCAAACUUCCCCAAUGAAAUUCCUGGAAUCUGUCAUUUUCUGGAAGCUUAUCAACAAGGAACAAAUUCAAAACCCUGGUUCCAAAAGAAAAAUGUUGAAGAUGGUAAUGCCAAUUUUUUAGGCAAAGCAUCAGGAGUAGAUUAG